GGCGGAGUAUGAGGGCGGGGUCAGCCCUAAAUGCUCCCACAGCAGCCUCGACCCCUCCCCGAGCUCCCUACUGGAACCCUAGUAACUUCAGACUUGUUCAGCGUCUGUGCCUCUGAUGGAGCAAUCACAUCCCCCGUCUUUACAGAAUGAUGUCAGCUGUCAAAGACCUCACCCUGUUGUGUCUUCAUGUGGACAGAAAAGCAUCUCGAGCCAUCUUUAGUGAAGCAAAGCUUGACUGCUGCUGUCUUCCAUCAUGUAGCCUGUUGCUAGAGGCUAAGGUUAACUCGAUCAUGGAAGAUUAUUCUAAGUACAAUGUUUACAUCUAUUUUUCUUAUUGGGCUUCAAAAUCAUCAGUGGUUUAAAGAAACAGAGUUUCCUCAAAAACCCAGACAAUUAUAUACCUUAAUCGCAGAAUAUGGCUCCCGGCUCUAUAAUUACCAGGCCAGACUUCGAAUGCCUAAGGAGCAACUAGAACUUUUAAAGAAGGAAAGCCAGACUUUGGAGAACAAUUUCCGUGAAAUCUUGAUUUUGAUUGAACAAAUAGAUAUUCUGAAGGCAUUGCUUAGAGACAUGAAGGACGGCGUACACAAUCACAGCUGGCCUGUCCACCGAGAGGCUGUGCAGGACCAGGUCACCACUGCAGCUCUAGAUGAGGAAAUGUCAAACUUGGUACAUUAUGUACUUAAAAAGUUCAGAGGGGACCAAAUACAGAUGGCUGAUUAUGCCCUGAAGUCAGCUGGAGCCUCUGUCAUUGAAGCUGGGACCUCAGAAAGUUACAAGAACAAUAAAGCAAAGCUGUACUGGCAUGGGAUAGGAUUCCUCAAUUAUGAGAUGCCUCCAGAUAUGAUUCUUCAGCCAGAUAUUCACCCUGGAAAGUGCUGGGCCUUUCCAGGUUCCCAGGGUCAUAUCCUGAUCAAGUUAGCCAGGAAGAUCAUCCCAACGGCUGUUACCAUGGAGCACAUCUCAGAGAAGGUGUCCCCCUCAGGAAAUACCUCGAGUGCACCCAAGGAAUUCUCUGUCUAUGGUAUUAUGAAAAAAUGUGAAGGAGAAGAAAUGUUCCUAGGUCAGUUUAUGUUUAACAAAACGGAAACAACCAUUCAAACAUUCGAGCUCCAGAAUGAAGCUUCUGAAUCUUUGUUAUGUGUGAAACUUCAAAUCCUUAGCAACUGGGGACAUCCAAAGUAUACUUGUUUGUACAGAUUCAGAGUCCAUGGCAUCCCCAGUGAUCACACUUAGAGGAGCUGGUGCAGAAGGCGGUGGCCAGAAGGUCCAAGGACGCUUGCUAUCCCCUUCCAUCAAAUUGCACCUCUAAGAACCAAAGAUUUGGAGUGGGAGGGAAACCUCAAACUCAUCCCUACUAGGCCGUAAGAAGUGAAUGGAUUUUACUAAUAAAAAAAAAAAGAAAGUCAA